GUGAAAUUCCUUCACUUUUUUAGUAUAAUGUCUAAUUCCCACUUUCCCAUUUGUUAAAGAGGACCACAUUAUAAGUGCAGCUGUGUUUUCGCCGGACUCGCCCUUAUUCCUAACGGGGGGGGUUUAAAGCGAUGGGCGAAACAACCAAUCCCAGAGCAGAAGACGUCUCCGGUCCUGACCAAUGGCUAUUGUUGAAGAAGCGGGCCAAUCACAGACAGUGCACCGAGAGAAUUAUCCUCCAUCAGAUUUGACAGUUAUAUUUUCGGCUGGAAACAGAGACCGGAAUCGAACGUGUGUGAAGAUGAACGGAAAUCACUAAGCGCCUCCCUGCCGCGCUUUCACUUCUCAACAGAGAGGGAGGAAAUCAUAGUCGACACGACGCUCCACAUACACUUGACUGUUUUCCUGACCUGGCGAUAGCACACGGGCUUAAGCAUGAAACCAAGUCCUGACCACGAAGAAGACGAAGAGGGCCUCGGGCGCUCAAAGUUUAAUUUCCAGUGCUUCCUGAAUGGAGGGAUGUCCAGCUUGCUGUCCACCCUCCCCACCAUCGUUGCCUUCCCUGUCUACAAGACUGUUUUCCGUCAGCAAAUCCACAACCAACCUUUUCCCAAGGCAGUGGGACAGCUCUUCAAAGAGGGGCCUAGGAAGCUCUUCAGGGGAGUGGCGCCACCGUUACUGAUGAAGACACUGAAUGGCACCCUGCUGUUCGGUCUUCAGGAAGCUAUCCACCACCAACUCUCGCUAUCAUCCCAAAGUGUCAUCUCCACCUCUGCCCUGCCUGCUCUGGCUGGGUUUGGUGCAGGUCUGGUGGAAGCUGUGGUGUUUACCCCCUUUGAGCGCGUGCAAAAUGUGUUGCAGAAUGGCCGGAACGACCGUGAUCUACCCACCCUGAAGAGUGUUCUUGUCAGGCUGAGGGCACAGAGGCUUACCCUUGGGUACUACAGAGCCUUCCUGCCCAUCGCGGCCCGCAAUGCUCUUGGCUGCUCCAUCUACUUUGGUCUGAAGGGGCCCGUAUGUGCUACUGUGGCGGGAGAGUGGGCCCAUCCAAUGGCUUCCUCUUUUGUAUCAGGGGCGCUGACCUCCAUGGCAAGCAGCUUGGCAAUCUACCCGCUCUCUGUGCUGGUGGCAAACAUGCAGGCACAGGUGGAAGGAGAGGUGAAAGGGGUCAUGGCUUGUUGGAGGAUGCUGUGGAUGUCUCGGGAGCAGAGUGUGGCUCUGCUUUACCGAGGAGGCUCCCUUGUUAUUUUAAGAUCAUGCAUCACAUGGGGAAUCACCACUGCUAUCUAUGACAGACAGCAGAAACUCUCGGGCUGAGAAGACGCAGAGGAACUCUCUGAGAGAUCUCAAAUUGCCAGGUUAAACUAGUCUCUUUGAAUUUAUUUUCAAAUAUAAUAUUACUGUAGCAUUCUCCCUUGAAAAUAUCCCAAGACCUAAUUUUGUCCUUGUGCAAGUGCCUCAUCCAGUCAACAGGAGUCCAGCAAGUACACGGGUGUGAUCAUCCUCUGUUUCAAACCAGCAAACACUGCUGAAUCCACAAGCCAAAGUUAACGCACCACUGCCAGGACUUGAGUCCCUGUCUCUGAGAUGGUGGGUGAGGAUUUAUCGUUAGACAAAGUUAUUUGUGCAGUAUAUUAUAUGGUGCUAGGGAAUCACAAUUGCCUUGUAUUUUCAUUUUUCUUAAAGGGGAAAUUCAGCUAAAACUCAAUGUCAGUUUAUGUGAAAAUGUCCUCUGCAGCUUUUGAUGAGUAUUUAUGUCAUUUUUAAGCUUGAAGACAACUUUAUAACAGAAAGUCUGUAUUACGAAAUGUGUAUUUUGUUGGUGGGUUAUUUACAAGGCAUGGAGGGUCUAGCAAAAUGUUGCAUUAUAGGGAAAAGGGUAGAGCCAUAAUUUUUAGGACCAGAGUCUUAAAAGGGACCAAAGUCAGGAUAUCUCAUCCUCUGCUGCUUUAUUUACUUCCGGUCCUACAUUAUGCGGUUGAAUGAAUGUUUAAGUUACAUUGUCAAGUUUUUAUGUUUUAAAAUAGGAUUUGUUUAUUUAAAGGGCUGUGACAAAUACGUUAUGACUCAGGGGUCAGCACUGGUACCUCACAGCAUGAGGGUCCUGGCCAACAAUCCGAAUCGGGCAGUAUAUCACUGCUACACUCUGUCAAUCCACACAGGGUGUAUCCUGCCUCUCGCCUGGUGUGGGACAUGCUCCAUUAACCUCUGCAAUCAGACUAGAACCAUGCAUGGAUGAAAUAAAUAUGUUUAUUAUUCACAAAAUAAGUCUCAGUGAAAGAUAAAUUGUCCACAGUCUGUCUGUAAUCUCAGUGUAUACAUGUAAAUCGAGAAUAACUGUCCCAGGAAAGUGCAUUAAUAAACUAAUCUUAUCUAACAUUCCCUGAAGUGGAUUCUGUUGUGUCUUUGCCGUUCACACACUAUUCUGGAGGAUUUGUUUUUUUUUGUCAGAUUGUGUUAUAUUAUAAUCAGUCCACUAGAUGGUACUGUGUUAAAAAAAAAGACAACAUGAAGUCAUCCACUCCAUCAACAAUGGGAGCUCAGUGCGCUGGAGCCGGGGACAGGGGCGGACGAAAGGUGCUCAUGGAGCAACCCAUAAUAUCUCCGGGAAGCCAGACAGGGAGGGUGUCCAAUUAGAACUCCUCCUGUGGGCUAGCCAAUGGGAGAUGGAGCAGUGGGUUCCACGUAGGCUUGCAGAAGGGCGUGUUGUCUCUAUUUAAACCGUUGGCUUUGCACGGAUUACACAGACGCACCCUACCUGUAGAGGACAUUGUCACUGCGCAGCCUUCACCAGAACUCUUUCAACAUGGAUGUGCCACCCCCUAAGCCCGAUGUUGCUGCAGUCAAGGACUUUAACAAGGGUAGCCUAAAACGGAUUACUACAAAAGAAAGCACAUUGUUACCAACCAGUAAAGACAUUGAAGAGGAGAAGAAACAAAAUCAAGAACUAAAUGUGAAGAAGUAACCAAAACAUGCCGGCCAUGAUUCCUCUUCUCCACGCCUGCCCCCUUAUGUGCCCGUACACCAGACAGGAAUCCUGCCCAUCAGCUCCGCCUCUGUCUCUGUUUUCCACGCUGCCAUGUUUGAUUAUAAAUGGUGUUUGGGUUGAUGCUACGGGAAAAAAUCGGUCUGUGAUCCCAAAGUAAAUGAAUUCAAUAGAUGUAUUUUCCGGGCUUUUUUCCAUGCAAUGACCGAAAAGAGAGUAAUAAAGAUAUGACAGGGCGUAGCUUAAAUACAAACAAACAACUGUAUCAAUGGAAAUCCAUCAAAGAUCCUGCUGUGUUAACAAUACCACACGUAUACUGCUAAAUCGUGCCAUAAAAAAAAUGGGUUUUUUUUUUAAAUAAAAAAAUCAAUGCUAAAA